UGACUCCUCACCAAUCACGGCGGAAUCUGUCAAGCCCACACUCUGCAGGGUCGUCAUCUACCUACAGAAGGAGAUGUCGGGGGACACGUGUCUAACCACCACCCUCUGCCCCGUGGCCGGGCCCAAGCCCAAAACCUGCAGCUUCAAAGGGGGCAGCCUCGGCAACAAGUACGUGCGCCUCAACGUCGGGGGCUCUUUGUAUUACACCACGGUGCAGGUGCUGACCAGGCACGACACGAUGCUGAAGGCCAUGUUCAGCGGCAGAAUGGAGGUGCUCACGGACAAGGAAGGCUGGAUCCUUAUAGACCGUUGUGGGAAGCACUUCGGAACAAUUUUAAACUAUCUCCGAGAUGACACGAUUGCACUUCCAAAACAUAGACAGGAGAUCAAAGAAUUGAUGGCAGAAGCCAAAUAUUAUCUCAUUCAGGGCUUGGUGGACAUAUGCCAAGCAGCCUUGCAGGACAAGAAAGACUUGUAUGAACCUGUGUGUAGCAUCCCUAUUAUCACGUCUCCAAAAGAAGAGGAGAGACUGAUAGAAUCAUCAGUGAAACCUGUCGUUAAGCUGCUUUAUAAUAGAAGCAACAAUAAAUACUCCUACACCAGUAACUCAGAUGACAACUUACUGAAGAACAUAGAACUGUUUGACAAACUCUCUCUCCGAUUCAACGGCAGAGUACUCUUCAUUAAGGAUGUUAUAGGGGAUGAAAUCUGCUGCUGGUCUUUCUAUGGACAGGGUCGAAAACUCGCUGAAGUCUGUUGUACCUCUAUAGUGUAUGCUACAGAGAAGAAGCAAACCAAGGUUGAAUUCCCUGAGGCACGAAUUUAUGAGGAAACACUAAAUGUCUUACUGUAUGAAACGCCGCGGGUUCCUGAUAACUCUCUGCUGGAAGCAACAAGCAGGAGCCGAAGCCAGGCAUCUCACAGCGAGGAUGAUGAGUGUUUUGAACUUCGUGAUCGAGUGCGCCGAAUCCACGUGAAGAGAUACAGCACCUAUGAUGACCGUCAGCUCGGCCACUAGCAUCUCAGUCGUGGAGAAACGGUUUGGUGCCAAGCCUGGUAUCGACAUGCUUUGAGGGAGUUCAGGAAGUGGGGAAGGAUCAGUUGGACUCUGUGGAUUGAUCUUCAUUUGGCUUCUUGGCUCCUGAGAGAAACAAACGGGCAUUUGUGCGGACAAAGCAACACUAAAGGCCAGGGGCUCUGAGAAAUGAGACGUUAACUUUGCGCCACGUGCUUUAAACGCAGACUGGCCCCCUCUUCCUGCCACA